GCGCCAGGCCUUGGGGUGGCACGUGGGCGGAGGUUGGCCGAGCAUGCAUCGUGGGCGGCUUCCGUCUCUCGUGCCUGCCUGGGGAGGCCGGCGCGGUUCACCGGUUGCUGUGGGCGGCGCAGGCAUGGCGGAGAAGCUGCUCUCCGAGGCCAACGAGCAGGCCGGCUUCCCCCCGCCCGCGAAGCGGCGGCGGCGGCGGCUGUUGCCGGAGAAGAGGGCCGGGCUGCCGGAGGAGGGCGAGAAGCGCUACGUGCCGCCUCCGAAGAAGCGGAAUCCCGGCGUGGGCUUCAGCGAGGCGCAUUUCGCCGAGACCAGCUACUAUUUCGAGGGCGGGCUGCGGAAGGUGCGGCCCUACUACUUCGACUUCGAGAGCUACUGCAAGGGCCGCUGGCUGGGCAGGAGCCUCCUGGACGUCUUCAGCAGCGAGUUCCGCGCCCAGCCCCUCCAGUACUACCGGGCCGCGGCCAGCGCCGGCCGCCUCCGCCUCAACGAGCAACCCGUCCGGGACCUCAGCGUCGUCCUCAAGAAUAAUGACUUCCUGCAAAACACGGUGCAUCGCCAUGAACCCCCAGUCACAGCACAGCCGAUUGAAUUUCUGGUAGAAAAUGAGGAGGUGGUGGUUGUGGAUAAGCCUUCAUCCUUACCUGUCCAUCCAUGUGGCAGAUUUCGGCACAACACUGUCAUCUUCAUCUUGGGUAAAGAGCAUAACCUGAAGGAGCUGCACACAAUUCAUCGGCUUGAUCGCCUGACCUCAGGUGUCCUUAUAUUUGCCAAAUCUGCAGAAGUGUCCAAGCGGAUUGAUGAGCAAGUUCGUGAACGACAGCUGGAGAAGGAAUAUGUGUGCCGUGUACUUGGAGAGUUUCCAGAAACUGAGGUGACCUGUGAAGAACCCAUCCUGGUUGUUUCCUACAAAGUGGGGGUGUGUCGAGUCGACCCCAAGGGUAAAACCUGCAAAACGGUUUUCCAGAGGCUAAGUUACAAUGGCAAGACUAGUGUGGUGAAGUGCUUUCCAUACACCGGGCGUACCCACCAGAUUCGUGUCCAUUUGCAGUUUCUGGGGCACCCUAUUGUCAAUGAUCCCAUCUACAAUGCAGAUGUCUGGGGACCUGCAAAAGGUAAAGGUGGCCAUAUUAACAAAACGGACAAAGAGCUGCUGCAGGCAUUGGUUAGAGAACACCUUUCGAAAGAGAGUGGGGGUAUCUUGGACAUAGCUGAAGAAGAUCUGACACAAACUGUGGGAGAUAAAGAACACGAUAGCCACGGGAAUGGUGUGAAGCCUGCACAGGCCAGCUCUGUAAGCACCAAUUCUUGCAGAAGUGAUGAAUCAAAGAGCGAAAGUGAGGGUGAAACAUUCACAUGUCCUCAGAAUUCUGUCCUUCAGUUACAGGCUCAUGAGUCAGAGUGUGGAGAAACUCACACAAGUGAGCAGCAGGAUGGAAAGGAUCAUUUAUGUAGAGAAUGCAAAACAGUGAGACCGGACCCAUCACCAAAAGAUCUUGUGAUGUAUCUCCAUGCCUUGUGCUACAAAGGGGCAGACUUUGAAUAUUGCUCCAAGAUGCCUCAGUGGGCGCAGGACAACUGGGAAGAGACCUGAGAUUAUAAUGUUUUGUAAAGACUUAAAUUUGUAUACGGCAAGAAUGUUUCCCACACAUGCUGUUUUUUAAUUGUUGUAAUCGCUGGUUUUGUUGAACAGUGGAGGAAAAGGAAAAACUCUUGUCUGAUUUGUUGUAGAAGCCAUGCAAAAAAAUUAAUGUUUUGCAAACUAGCUUUUGCAGUAUGAUUUAUUUCUUUUACAGAACCUUGAAAGAUGACUGCAGUGGUCAGGUAGGUUCACAAGGAAGCAUGUAGUCAGGGUUUGCCUUGCAUUUUUAAAAUCUUUCUUGCAAAAAAAAAAGUAAUGAGAAAAUUACAGAUAAUGUUCUUAAAAAGAUUUGAUGGUCACCUGUAUUCAUUGUUUACAGAAUGCCUACAACUGGAAUGUUAUCUCAGUGUGUAAGAGCUGGUGGAAUGUUAAAGUCUUUAAUCAUAGCUUGUGUCAACAGAUUUCAUAUAAUAA